UAAAUUACACCCAGGCAGCGUCUGUAAUGCACUUUCAAAUCCUAGAAGUUAUGGUACGUAAAAUGGUGUUUUCAGAAAUUGUACGGAUAUUCAAUAGCUUAUUUAUCGAGUAGUCAGGUAUCCUUUGACUUCAAAACAACGGAAGCAAUGAUAACCCAUUGACAGCCGCCAAGAAACACCCAAGGAAGAUCAAUCUUCACGGCUACUGAUAUUUCUCGAUGCAUGGAUUAAGUCAUUCAACAUCUUUUGUAUUAUAGGUCCUGUAGAUCCUACAUCUCCAAUGUAGAUGCAUGCUCUGUGGUCAAGAGCUGCGUCAACACGUUUGUCUAUCCAUAUCUGUGACAGAAGAUUACCUGAAGAGGCAUGACCCAUACGGAGAAGGGACCAUGGAGAUUUUGGCACCGUAGGACAAAAUGGACAUCCUGCAGGACCUCCCAUGACCCAGAGGAAGAGCGACGUGUUCGUGCACAUGAUCGGGAGUAUAACGGAAAAUUUAUGUAUGCUGAUAAUCACAUCAAAACAUCCAAAUACAACAUUUUCACUUUCUUGCCCAUAAAUCUUUAUGAGCAGUUUCAGCGUGUGGCCAACGCAUACUUCUUAUGUUUGCUCAUCCUUCAGCUGAUUCCUCAGAUCUCCUCCCUGUCUUGGUUCACUACCUGUGUGCCUCUGGCCCUCGUGCUCUUGGUCACAGCUGUAAAAGAUGCCACAGAUGAUUAUUUCCGCCACAGAAGUGAUCGACAGGUGAAUAACCGGCAAUCUCAGGUGCUCAUUGAGGGCAAACUACAGUGGGAGAAAUGGAUGAAUGUUCAUGUUGGGGACAUCAUAAAGCUUGAGAACAACCAGUUUGUGGCUGCCGAUCUGCUGCUGCUAUCGUCAAGUGAACCCAACGGACUGUGCUACAUAGAGACAGCAGAGCUGGAUGGUGAGACCAAUUUGAAAGUGCGUCAGGCCUUACCAACUACCUCUGAACUUGAUGCAAACAUCAGUCAGCUAGCAGAAUUUGAUGGAGAGGUUGUUUGUGAGGCUCCCAAUAAUAGAUUGGACCGCUUUACUGGGACUCUGACGUGGAAGGACAGCAAAUACUCCUUGGACAACCACAGGUUACUGCUGAGGGGAUGUAUCCUCAGGAACACAGACUGGUGCUUUGGCAUGGUCAUAUUUGCAGAGAUUUUAACUUUUCCAGGCCUUGAAACCAAGCUCAUGCAAAACUGUGGAAAGACCAAGUUGAAGCGCACUAGCAUUGACCAACUGAUGAACACACUGGUCUUGUGGAUCUUUGGCCUGCUCCUGUGUUUGGGCAUUACCUUAUCUACCGGAAGUUCUUUUUGGGAGUACAAGGUUGGAAAGCACUUCCAGAUUUAUUUGCAAUGGGUGCCAAAUACGGACAGUGCAGUAUUCUCUGGCUUCCUGACAUUCUGGUCUUACAUCAUAAUCCUGAACACUGUUGUGCCCAUCUCUCUGUAUGUUAGUAUGGAGUUCAUCCGCCUGUGGCAGAGCUACUUCAUCAGCUGGGACAUGGGGAUGUACCACAGCGGGCAGGACAUGCCCGCCGAGGCCCGCACCACCACCCUCACCGAGCAGCUGGGCCAGGUGGAGUACAUCUUCUCCGACAAGACCGGCACCCUCACGCAGAACAUCAUGACCUUCAACAAGUGCUCCAUCAGUGGGACAGUCUAUGGUGAGGUGUAUGAUGAGUAUGGACAUAAAGUUGAAAUCACGGAGAGCACUCCUUGCGUGGACUUCUCCUUUAACCCUCUGAAGGAUGCAUAUUUCCGUUUCCAUGACGCUACGCUGGUGAAGGCAGUGCAAGAUGGCGACGUGUCGGUCCAGGAGUUCUUCAGGCUUCUGGCGCUGUGCCACACGGUCAUGCCAGAGCAGAAGGUGGAGGGGGAGCUGCUGUAUCAAGCUCAGUCACCUGACGAGGGAGCGUUGGUCACAGCCGCCAGGAACUUUGGCUUCGUGUUCUAUGACAGAACCCCGGAGACCAUCACUGUGGUUGAAAUGGGCGAGUCAAUGCAAUACCAGCUCCUUGCUAUCCUGGACUUCAACAAUGUGCGCAAAAGAAUGAGUGUUAUAGUGGAGACCCCAGAUGGCGGGAUAAAGCUGUACUGUAAGGGUGCCGACACCAUUUUGUUUGAGAGGCUGAAUUCAUCAAAUGAAGACCUUAAAUGCAUCACAUCAGAGCACCUUAAUCUGUUUGCUGGAGAAGGUCUGAGAACCCUUGUUCUGGCCUACAAAGACCUGGAUAGAGCUUCCUUUGAGGAGUGGGCAAAGAGGCUUCACACUGCUAGCACUGCCCUCGAGGACAGGGAACAACGUGUUGAUGCGCUAUAUGAAGAGAUUGAAAGGGAUCUGAUACUCCUUGGGGCCACUGCAAUAGAGGACAAACUGCAGGAAGGUGUGGCCGAGACUCUUGUUGCUCUGAGCUUGGCAAACAUCAAAAUCUGGAUUCUUACUGGAGACAAACUGGAGACAGCCAUGAAUGUAGCUUACUCUUGUAACAUGCUUAGAGAUGACAUGAGUGAAGUCUUCAUCAUCUCUGGUCCCACAGCUGUGGAGGUCCAAAAGCAGCUCAGGAACGCCAAAGAUCACAUUGGCGGAUCACUGACACGCAGUUCCAAACCUCUGGACCAAGAUUGCAUGCCCACAAAUGACUGUGUGUUUGAAGAGACCAUGAAUGCAGAGUAUGCACUUGUCAUCAGUGGCCCUUGCCUGGCUUAUGCACUGGACGCAGAGUUGCAGCACCUCCUGCUGGACACAGCCUGCUUGUGCAAAACAGUCAUCUGCUGCCGGGUUACCCCCCUACAGAAGGCUCAGGUGGUGGAGCUGGUGAAGAAACACAAGCAGGCCGUCACCUUGGCAAUAGGGGAUGGUGCCAAUGAUGUCAGCAUGAUCAAAACGGCCCACAUCGGCGUGGGCAUCAGUGGGGAGGAGGGCAGGCAGGCGGUCCUGGUGGCGGACUACUCCUUCGCCCAGUUCUGCUUCCUACAGCGCCUCCUACUGGUGCAUGGCCGCUGGUCCUACCACCGCAUGUGCAAAUUCCUGCGCUACUUCUUCUACAAGAACUUUGCCUUCACCCUGGUGCACGUCUGGUUCGCCUUCUUCUGUGGUUUCUCUGCGCAGACCAUAUAUGAUCAGUGGUUCAUCACUCUCUUCAAUGUCACAUACACAUCGCUGCCAGUUCUAGCAUUGGGUCUGUUUGAUCAGGACGUGAGUGAGCAGAACAGCCUGGGGAACCCGAAGCUCUACGAGCCGGGUCAGCAACGGCAGCUCUUCAACAAGCGCCAGUUCCUGCUGUGCUCCCUGAACGGCAUCGGCACGUCUCUCGCGCUGUUCUUCAUGCCGUACUGCACCCUCGCCUACUCUCUGAAGGAGGACGGCACCACCACUACCGACUAUCAGUCUUUUGCCGUCAUCAUCUCCACCUCACUGAUCAUCGUGGUGAGCAUUCAGAUUGGACUUGAUACAAAUUACUGGACACGAAUAAAUCAUUGGUGUAUCUGGGGGAGUGUGGCCAUGUACUUCCUCAUAUUGUUUGUCCCAUUCAGAAGUGAAUUCCCAAAGUAUUUCCCCUUUUUUGGAACUGCGCGCAACUGCCUGAGCUGCUGGACUGCCUGGCUGGUCAUUAUUCUCACCACUGUCACGUGUAUAAUGCCUGGAGUAGCAUUUCGAUUUGUACAAAGAGAACGUUGUCCAACUCUAACUGAAAAGCUCCGCUAUCUGCAGGUGAGCAAGAAGCAGGAUCCACUAACGCAGAGUCGACGGCUGGCGCGCAGGGCCAGCAGGCGGUCAGCCUACGCCUUCUCUCACCAGGAGGGCUUUGGCGAGCUCAUCACCUCUGGGAGGAACAUGAAGAGCUCGAUAGCGCCCCCUCAAGGGAAGCUUCAGAGCACCAGCUGGGUGGAGAACAUGCUGAAGAGGAUUAGCGAGCAGAGCAUGAGGAUAGGCUCUCCCAGCCCGAAAAUCACUGCGAGAAACAUUGCCAUUAGGGUUAGAGACACUAUCAGACCACAAAGAGAGCCGAGUGCUUUGAACGAAAGUGUGACAGAUACAAUGAUGCCGGUCGUGUAAGGUCACGGAACAACCACGGAGACUCCCCAUAGUUCGUGUUUCUAUUCUCAGGUGACAAAUAGGCUAUCAUCAUGGUUAUGGAGCAGUUGCUCACCUGUGGGACAAGCCAUUGCGGUCCAAAGCCUAUCCUAUUUAAAAUGGACAUUGGUUGAGAGUUGUCAAGUUAAAUGGGUUAUUUAAAGUUUUACUGGAAAGCAGAACUUCUCUAUUUACGUCUGGCCAUAUGAUUUUCUAAAUCCCAUGACAAUUAGGCUACAAAUGGCAUGGGCUACAUUUCUGGAUGCCUGGCAAGAACAGAUUUUUUUAAACGCACGACAGCAUGUUUUUUUUGUUGUUUUUUUUGUAAUAAGUUAUUAAAGAUCCGUUUUUCUAUACGAAA